AUGACUGAAGUUAUUUGGGGUACCACUAUCCAAUACAAAGAAGUUAAGAAAACGAUUCAACAAUUUCUUUCUUCUCCUAAAUACCAUCUCCUUUUGGAAAAUUCAAACGAAACUCAUUUUAUUGAUAUAUAUUUACCUGAUGUAUUAGAAUUUGAUAAAAAUUUAUAUAAAUGUACUAUUGAAUAUCCAACUCAAAUAUUACAUUUAUAUGAUCUAGUUGUAAGUGAAAUGGGAUAUGAAGAAGUUGAAGUUCGUGUAUUUGGGUUAUCUCAAGUUAAACGUAUUAGAGGACUUUCACCAAGUGAUAUAGAGCGAUUGGUGAGUGUUCGAGGAAUGGUUACAAGAGUAGGUAAUAUUAUUCCAUCAAUGAAAUCUGGUUAUUUUAAAUGUACUGAGUGUAAUUAUAAUGUUGAUUUAGUUGUAGAUGUUCGUGGUACAUUAACUGUUCCUGCUAAAUGUCCUCAUUGUAAGAAAACAGGAACAUUGCAACUAAUACAUACUCUAUCAUACUAUAUUGAUAAACAAAUUAUUCGACUUCAAGAAUCUCCUGAAGCAAUUCCAGCAGGUGAAACUCCACAAACACUUCAUUUACUUGCAUUUGACUCACUUGUUGAUUCAGCAAAACCAGGUGAUCGUAUUGAAGUUACUGGAGUUUAUAGAGCUGAUCCAGUCAAAAUAGGAGUUUCACAAAGGACAGUGAGAGCAGUUUUUAGGUCUUAUAUUGAUGUUAUUCAUAUUAAAAAAUAUUCAAAAGAGACAGAAGUUGAUAUUGAUUUUACUACAUUAGUUAAUGACGAUUGGUAUGAAAGAUUAACUAGAUCAGUUGCACCUUCUAUUACAGAGAUGGAUGAUGUAAAGAAGGGGUUAUUAUGCCAAUUAUUUGGCGGUUCAGCAAAGACAUUACAAGAUAACCAAAAGUUGAGAGGAGACAUUAACAUUUUAAUGCUUGGUGAUCCUGGAACUUCUAAAAGUCAAUUAUUAACAUUUAUGCAUAAAGUCGCUCCACGUGGAAUGUAUACCUCAGGAAGAGGAUCAAGUGCUGUUGGAUUAACAGCAUUUGUUGGAAAGUCUGAAGAAGGAGGAACAGUAUUAGAAAGUGGGGCAUUGGUUAUGAGUGAUAAAGGAUUGUGUUGUAUUGAUGAAUUUGAUAAAAUGACAGAAAUGACACGAAGUGUAUUGCAUGAGGCAAUGGAGCAACAAACAAUUUCAGUUGCAAAAAGUGGAAUAGUAUGUUCAUUAAAUGCACGUACAGCAAUAUUAGCAUCAGCAAAUCCAAAAGAAUCAAGGUAUAAUCCAAAAUUAAGUGUAUUAGAUAAUAUUCAAAUGCCACCCUCAUUAUUAUCACGAUUUGAUUUGAUUUAUCUUAUACUUGAUCAACCAAAUCCUGAAAGAGAUAGAAAAUUAGCCCGACAUAUUAUUUCAUUGUACUGGGGCCAUGAAAUUAUAACUGAUGCGUUAGACAUUUCUACAUUUAGUUCAUUUGUUAGGUAUGCUCGUAAACGAUGUAAGCCAGUAUUAACUGAUGAAGCAAGAACGGAGUUGGUUAAAGGAUAUUUAGAAAUGAGAAAGAUUGGAAGUGAAAACAAAACUCAUAAAACUAUUUCUGCUACAACAAGACAGCUUGAAUCACUUAUCCGUAUCUCUGAGGCUCUUGCUAAAAUGCAAUUAAGAGAAAAAGUUAAUGCAAGAGAUGUCAAAGAGGCUAUUCGAUUAGUAACAUCAGCUAUUCAUCAAGCUGCUACAGACCCAGAAACAGGAAUUGUUGACUAUGAUUUGAUUCAAACAACAAAAGGAUACAGAGAACAAUCAGUUAUUGAAGAGUCUUAA